AUGCAAGGCGAAACAAUUAAUGUCCCUUCUUCUAGUGUUCCUUACACCUUUGAACAUUCAAAACAUUUGAAGAGUAAAAUUCUUAAGCCAAUACGACAAGAAAAAGUAGUGAAAGUUCCUGUUACUCAAUAUGUAGAAAAAAUAGUAGAAAAAGAGCAAAUUAAAUAUGUAAAUAAAUAUGUAGAUGUUAUUAAACCUAUAAUUACCUAUAAAACAAAACAUAUUUCAAAACCAAUUUACUUAGACAAAAUUAAGUAUCAGCCAAAAGUAAUAGAGAAGGAAAAAAUUAUACAUAUACCCAAAAUAGAGUACAGAAACAAAAUUGUAGAAAUACCAGUAUACGUUCAUAAAGAAAACAUUAUAGAAAAAAAGGUCCCUCUAAUUGUAGAACGUGUUGUUCCAGUAUUAAAAGUAAAUAGAGUUGAGAAAGAAAUUUUGACUAAUAGCUUUGAAAUACCUGAAAUCUGUGAUAUGACAAAGAAUGAAAAUAAUAUUCAUUUAGGAAAAAAUAUGCAUGAGACAAACCAACAGAUUUCUUGUAAUGUUUCAGAGAAGGGUAAUUCAUUUGUAUCCGAAAUAAACAAAGAAAAAAGUGAUAUUUAUAAUAUCGAAACAUAUAGACAUAUGGGAACAACCAAUGCAUCACCUAACGUUUAUUCACAAUUGGAGAUAUCAUCUUCCAAUAUGGAUAACCAAAAUGUUGAAACAUUGAAAGAUAAAAAUAAUGUAGUUGAUGGUAAUGAUACAUCUGAUGAAGAGGAAUACACUGAAGGAAACUUGGAACAUAAAAAUGAAACAAGAUACCAUGAAGCUACAAAUGAAUAUUCUAAUUAUGAUUUUACAUCAGAGAAAAAUGAAAAAAUAAAUGAUGAAGAAACCAAUUCUAAGGAAAUAAUUAAUAGCAAUAUGGAAGAAAAUUACUAUGAUAUUGAUGAACGUUUUAAGGAUUCCAAUGUAUCUCAUGUAAGUAUUCAUUUACCAGAAGAAAAAGGAAUUGAACAACCGACCUAUGAACAAAAUUAUAUGAAUUCCUGUAAUAAUAAUUACAAUAUAGUAGAAUCUAAUUUAAGAGAUAUUAGUGGUUCAGUAUAUAAUAAUGUUAACACGUAUGGUACAUAUUAUUCAGAUCAUAUGAACCCACAAUUUGAUAAAACAUUUGUUAACCAAUCAUAUAACGGUUCUAAUGGUUAUAUUCAAAAAAUAAUGGAAAGAAAUAAUAUUCCUAAUUAUAGUACAAAUACAAUGGAACACCUCAAAAUAGUAGAAGAAAAACAUCCACAUUCAUCGAAUUUACAUAUAUCUAAUGAAAGGUUUUCAACAUUACCUAGUGUAUAUGGCGCACGUUCGAUUACAGGGAAAUCUAAUUUUGUUCCUUCCUAUGCUAAUAGUAAUGGGCAAGCAAUUGUAUCAGUACGACCUGCAACAAUUGUAGAGUAUGUACCUAAAUCAAAAAAAUACAAAGCUUCAUUGUGCAAUUUUAUUAAUAAAUGCUGUGGUAAUAUGUAA